GUACUAUGCAGGUUGGGCUGACAAAUUGCACGGGAAAACCAUCCCCCUGGACGGAGACUUUUUCACUUACACCAGACAUGAGCCCGUGGGCGUUUGUGGACAGAUCAUUCCGUGGAACUUCCCAUUGCUGAUGCAGGCGUGGAAGCUUGGUCCCGCUCUGGCCACGGGGAACGUGGUGGUGAUGAAACUGGCUGAACAAACCCCCUUGACCGGCUUGUACGUGGCCAGCCUGAUCAAAGAGGCUGGAUUCCCACCAGGCGUGGUGAACAUUAUUCCUGGUUACGGAGCUACAGCUGGGGCUGCUAUUUCAUCUCACAUGGAAGUGGAUAAAGUUGCAUUCACUGGUUCCACCUCGGUUGGGCACCUGAUCCAGAAGGCUGCAGCAGACAGCAAUAUGAAGAGAGUGACCCUUGAGCUUGGUGGGAAGAGCCCAAACAUCAUCAUGUCCGAUGCUGAAAUGGACUGGGCUGUAGAGCAAUCUCAUUCCGCGUUGUUCUUCAAUCAAGGCCAGUGCUGUUGUGCUGGAUCUCGGACCUUUGUCCAAGAAGAUAUCUAUCAUGAGUUUGUGGAGAGGAGCGUGGAGAGAGCCAAGUCCAGGGUAGUUGGGAACCCAUUUGACUUCCAAACUGAACAGGGGCCUCAGGUGGAUGAAGCACAGUAUAAGAAGAUCCUUGGAUACAUUGACAGUGGGAAAAAGGAAGGAGCCAAGUUACUUUGUGGUGGGAGUCCAGCAGCAGAUAAAGGCUACUUUAUCCAGCCAACCAUCUUUGGAGAUGUGCAGGACAACAUGAAAAUAGCCAGAGAGGAAAUUUUUGGGCCUGUUAUGCAGAUAUUGAAAUUCAAAACCAUUGAGGAAGUCAUCCAGAGAGCAAAUGAAACCAAAUAUGGGCUGGCAGCUGCUGUUUUCACAAAGGAUAUUGAUAAAGCAAACUAUAUUUCCCAGGGCUUGCGAGCUGGAACUGUUUGGAUCAAUUGCUACAAUGUCUUUGGGGCACAGACUCCAUUCGGAGGGUUCAAAGAAUCUGGCCAAGGGCGUGAGGGCGGAGAAUAUGGCCUGAACCCAUACAUGGAAGUAAAAACAGUCACCAUCAAAGUCCCACAAAAGAAUUCUUGAAGAGGAAAUACCUGAAACCGUCCAUCUAUUUCACCCCAUGCUUGGUAGCAAAACUUAAUGGGGAAUUGAAGAAUUCUACGUUAGGAAAGAAAAUCUGGUUCCUUAUAAGCGUCUCACAGAAUGUACAUGUAACCAAUGAUUAAGAAGUCUUUAUGUCUCUGCUUAAACCAUCCUUGGCUCUUUUUCCCAAGGCCAAACACUUUAAUAAGAGCAAAAAAAAAUUCCAAUGUUCUUCUCUCCAAUGUAACCUGAAGAGAAAAAUCUACAGAAGCAGGCUACUUUUGAGUAACGAAUGUUGUAAGACACCUCUUCUACAUUCCUUUUUUUUUACUUUUUCUAAUACAUACAAGAUUUUAUGCUUAA